GUGUGUGUGUGUGUGUGUGUGUUACUGCUCAGUUUAGCCCUUAAGAUGGCGGCUGGGUUUCCUCCGGUGAAGAGGAAGCAGUGAGGGUAAUCCCUGUGUGUGUGUGUGUGUGUGUGUGUGUGUGUGUGUGUAAUGAGACACAGCCCAGCAGUAAAAGUGUUCAGGGCUGUGGCUUAAAUCCCACACUCCGAGAAGAUCAGAAGACAACGGGUGUGGAUCUGCAGAGACCAGGAGAAGAUCCGAGAGAGAGAGAGAGAGAGAGAGAGAGAGAACAGAGGAGGUAAAGAGUAAAAACUCACAAAAGUAGAAACGGCCCAUGAAAAAGCUUAAGAACUGUUUUGAACUGUUUUGGCGACUUUUCCUCACAACAUCCAGCGUAUUGUAAAAGUCCUUAGGAACAUGGCGGUUCAGAUCCGGAGUCUGGUGGAAGAUUACUCCAGAUACCUGAAGGCCUUCGAGUUGUUUCUGGAGCGCUCGUCUGAACACCAGAGUAUGAGGGACUUCAUCAAUAGUACACUUCCUGACAUCCUGACCACAGUUGGAGCAGGAAAAUCCACCCUGAAUGUGAUGGGAGUGGGAAGUGGAUCAGGAGACAUCGAUCUGGAAAUUCUCGCACAGCUGCACGCUAAACAUCCCGAGGCCAGAGUGGAGAACGAGGUGGUGGAGCCCAGCGGGGACAUGCUGUACAAAUAUAAAGUUUUAGUAGCGAAGACACUGGGCCUGGAUCACAUCACCUUCAAGUUCAAUAAGAUGACAGCUUCUGAGUUCGAGAGCGACUGGAAGCAGAGAAACACAGACAGGAAGUUGGACUUCAUCCACAUGAUCCAGAUGAUGUACUAUGUGAAAGAUCCAGAGGCGACGGUUUCCUUCUUUCGAAGCUUACUGCACAAAGACGGCAAACUCCUCAUCAUCCUGGUCUCAGGACAGAGCGGGUGGGGCAGGUUAUGGAGAACCUACCGAGCUCAGCUCUGCAAGACCGACAUCAGUCAGUGCGUCACGACCGGAGACAUCAGGAACUUUCUGGACGCUGAAGGAAUCCCCUACCAGAGCCACACCCUCGUGUCUCAGAUGGACAUCACUGAGUGUUUCACAGCUGGAGAUGAGAAAGGGGAGCUGCUGCUGGACUUUCUGACUGAGGUACUGGAGUUCAGUAAGAAUGCUUCUCCGGAGCUGAAUGCUGGCGUUCUGGAGCUUCUCAAACACCCCGAGUGCAGCCGAGAGGUGGACGGUAGAAUCAUAUUCAACAACAACCUCGAGGCCUUGGUGCUCAGCCCAUAAAGCUGAAACAGGAAAACUUACAACGAGAUAGAUUUCAACAACGAAUCAAGUUUACACAAAUCUUGUAUUUGUUUUAUAUCUGCAACAUAGAGAAUAGAGUGUAGAGUACCUGUGAGAAGUGUGGAAGCACAAAGUCUUUGGUGGGUUUUCAGACACAUGCGUGUUCCUCUGCAAGAACUUUUUUGUCCAAACAAAUCUAUAAAUGUCCAGAUGUUCCAUUUUAGUUUAACUGAAAAAUCCUCCCUUUUACAAUUUGUUUCUCCAAACAUUCAGCUGAAAUAAUUUGUCUUGCCUCUUGUGGAACUCGCCAAAGACGUUCUUCACUAGUUCUUUAUGAUCCAGUUCAUCCCAUUUAGUUCAGUAGGAUUUAUCUUCAGUGACUGGGCCGUGAUAGAUAUCACUCCAGACCACUACAGAACUCGGAUCAUCUGCAUGAGUCUCAAAGACCACAAGACUCCACAAGUUUCCACCCUUUUUUUCACAGGCUCUGUAAGUAAUAUAAAACACAAUCAUUCAUGGAAAUGUGUGAAUUAACCGAUUAGACUGUGAAUUUUGCUUUAUAAUGAGACGGACUGUGAGUGUAUUUGGCAUUAUGAACAAAUACCUAAUAAAAUAAUAUAAAAAAAAGAA